UGCGACAGAGGCGAAUGCAAGAACAUUCCAUUGGAAUUUGGAUGAGCAGGAGCUGGGUAGUGUAGCUCGUGGUGUUUUCCGGCGCCACACCAUGCACACGGUCGUGACGACGACCAUGGCUGCUGCGAUGCGGUGGCCAUUAGCUCUCCUUCUCCCUCUUCUCCUGCUCUUCCUUUUCUUCUCCCCUGCCGCCUCCGCGAGUGACACCAUUCUUGCCAACUCCUCCCUCUCCGAUGGCCAGACUCUUGUUUCGGCCGGUGGGGUCUUCGUGCUCGGGUUCUUCACCCCGCCAGGCUCGACGGAGAGGUUCUUGGGGAUAUGGUACAAGGAUAUUGAUCCGAUGACCGUGGUGUGGGUCGCUAACCGGGAGGCUCCGGUGAGUGGCACGGCUGGGAGCUUGGCUGUCAAUGGUGCUGGCGGCGGUGGUGGUGGUCUGGUGCUCGGUGAUGGGGCUGGGCGGGUGGUGUGGUCGUCGGCGCCGUCGAAUGUAAGUGGGGGUAAUAAUCCGGUGGCGAAGCUCAUGGACAGCGGCAACUUCGUGCUCGUCGGCGGCGGCGCCGCCGGUGAGGUUCUGUGGCAGAGCUUCGACUACCCGUCCGACACUCUGCUCCCCGGCAUGAAGUUUGGGUGGGACCUGACCACCGGGCUCGACCGGUACCUGACGACGUGGAGGAGCGCCGGCGACCCGUCGCCGGGCGACUACACGUUCAAGAUCGACACCCGCGGCGCGCCGGAGGGGUUCAUCCGGCGCAACGGCACGGCGCCGGAGUACCGGAACGGGCCGUGGAACGGGCUGCAGUUCAGCGGCGAGCCGGAGAUGGAGCCCAACAACACCAGCUUCCGCUUCGAGUUCGUCGCCAACCGGACCGACGUCUACUACACCUUCGUCGGCGCGGACGGCGGCGACAACGGCGGCGUCCUCUCGAGGUUGGUGCUGAACCAGUCGAGCGCGCAGCGGUACGUGUGGGUGCCGCAGGCCGGGUGGAGCCUCUACUGGUCGCUGCCGCGCGACCAGUGCGACCAGUACGCGCACUGCGGCGCCUACGGCGUCUGCGACGUCGCCGCCCCGUCGAUGUGCGGCUGCCCGGCCGGGUUCGUGCCGGCGUCGCCGAGGAACUGGGCGCUCAGGGACAACUCCGCCGGGUGCGCGCGCGCGACGCGGCUGAACUGCACCGGCGACGGGUUCCUGCUGCUGGGCGGCGUCAAGCUGCCGGACACCACCAACGCGACGGUGGACGCGGCCAUCACCGUCGGCCAGUGCAGGCAGAGGUGCCAGGCGAACUGCUCGUGCGUGGCGUACUCUGCUUCCGACGUCAGGGGAGGCGGCAGCGGCUGCAUCAUCUGGAGCUCGCCGCUUAUAGACAUCAGGAGAUUCUCCUAUGGCGGGGAGGAUCUGUUCAUCCGUCUCGCGGCGUCCGAUUUGCCAACCAAUGGGGAUGAUUCCAGCAGGAAAAACACAGUAGUACUUGCUGUUGUCCUAAGCCUAUCUGGUGUUCUUCUUCUGGCGUUGGCUGCAUUCUUCAUCUGGGGCAAGUUCUUCAAAAGAAGAGGGAGAUUUCAGAGUACUCAGAGGCUCACCUCAUUUGAGUCCAGCAACCAUUUGAACCCAGUCCAAGACAGGAAAAUGGAGGAAGAAACCAGCCACAGCAAUGACCUAAAUGUCACUCUCUUUGACAUCAACACAAUAGCCUUCUCCACUGACAAUUUCGCAAGCUCGGCUAAGCUCGGCGAAGGUGGUUUCGGCGCUGUCUACAAGGGAGAACUAGAUGGAGGGCAGACGGUGGCAGUGAAGAGACUGUCGAAAUUCUCGACGCAGGGGCUGGACGAGUUCAAGAACGAGGUCAUGCUCAUUGCCAGACUCCAGCAUGUGAAUCUUGUCAGACUUCUCGGCUGCUGCAUCGACGGCGAGGAGAGGAUGCUUGUCUACGAGUACAUGGAAAACAAGAGCCUCGACAACUUCAUCUUCGACAAGGCCCAAUCAGCUCAGCUGAAUUGGUCGAAGCGAUUCGACAUCAUACUCGGCAUCGCACGGGGCCUCCUGUACCUGCACCAGGACUCCCGGUUCAAGAUCAUCCACAGGGAUCUCAAGGCUGGAAACAUCCUGCUCGACCGAGACAUGAACCCUAAGAUCUCCGACUUCGGCGUCGCGAGGAUCUUCGGCGACGACACGGACUCGCACACAAGAAAAGUCGUCGGGACAUACGGGUACAUGUCGCCGGAGUACGCGAUGGACGGCGUGUUCUCGGUGAAGUCCGACGUGUUCAGCUUCGGGGUGCUGGUGCUGGAGAUCGUCAGCGGCAGGAAGAACCGGGGGAUGUACAGCGGCGGCGAGCAGGCGAGCCUCCUCAGCCACGCGUGGAGGCUGUGGAGGGAGGGCAGCGCGCUGGCGCUGCUGGACGAGGCGGUGGCCGGCGGCGGGGGCGGCGGCUCGUACAGCGGGUCGGAGGUGCUGCGGUGUGUGCAGGUGGGGCUCCUAUGCGUGCAGGAGCGGCCGGAGGAGCGGCCGCACAUGGCGGCGGCGUUCAUGAUGCUGGGCAACCUGAGCGCCGUGGUCCCGCAGCCGAGGCACCCGGGCUUCUGCGGUGACCGCCGCGGCUCCACCUCCACCGACGGCGAGUGGUCCUCCACCUGCACCGUCAACGACGUCACCGUCACCAUCGUCGAAGGCCGGUGACGAUCGACACCAGCCAGCUCGGCUGCACUGAAAUUUGUAGAUCGAGCAAAGAUGUACGAGGGGUGUUAAGAUGGGGCUAAAUUUUUUAGCCCUAUGUCACAUCGGAUGUUUGGACACUUAUUAUAAAUAUUAAACAUAGAUUGAUUAU